ACUGCCCCUCUCACGUGACUAUCGGGGUGGAUCUACUGGCUUCCUCACAUGACUGGAACAUUCGCUCUGCGAGAGGCUGACGGAUCACAUCUUUAAAGUCAUUCUCGUAUUCGUCGGAUAUUAUCGGACAGACAGGCAGCUCGCUGAGAUGAUGAGCAUCAGACAGACAGUGACAGCAGGUGUCUGUUUAACACUGAUGGGUUGUUUGGCUGUGACGCACGCGGUCACGCUGGAGGUGAAGGACGGAAACUCAACGUGCAUUAAAGCGGUACUCAACGCGAACUUCAGCAUCACCUACAAUAGCACCAAUGGCACGAACUCGGUUGUGUUUGCUCUGCCGGACUCCGCGUCCACAGACAACAGUACAUGCAACGGCACUUCUCAGCGUCUGGUGGCGUCGUUCGGUGACGGUCACGCACUGACUCUCGUGUUCUCAAGAAACGGGAGUCUCUACGGGGUAACACAAAUGAGCUUACGCUACAACCUGAGUGACAACAGCACCUUCCCACAAUCCAACAGCACAGAUGUCGUAACCGUGGAGACGAACUCUUCUAGAAUAUCUGCAAGUAUGAACAGCACGUAUCGCUGUCUGAGCUCCAGCCCAGUCUCUCUGAACGCCGAUGUCACCGUCACGUUCUCUGAUGUGCAUCUGGAGGCGUACAUGCAAACAGGAAACCUCAGCACAAACGAGAGCGUCUGCAGCGCCGAUCAAACCGUUACAACUGUGGCUCCACCCAAAACAACCCCUGCCCCAUCUCCAUUACCCACGGGUGUGCCGGAGCGAGGCAACUACACAAUCACCAGCGACAACACAACCGCCUGUCUGCUGGCUGUCGUGGGACUGCAGCUCAACAUCACUUACUUCUCCACAACUCGCAACAAGAACGUCAGUGAGGUCAGAAACCUGCAGCCCAAUAAGACGUCGUUCUCGGGGUCAUGUGGGGUCACAGUCGCCACACUCAUCCUGACCGAAGACACGACGAAUCUCAACUUCACCUUCACACUGAAUUCAACCUCUCAGAAGUUUCAUCUGAGUGCUGUGAGCGUCUCCGCCCGCUGGCCUGACAUGACGGUUGUGUUCUCAGCGGAGAACAGUUCUCUGCAGUAUCUUCAGGGCAGUGUGGGUCGAUCAUACAUGUGCAAUUCUGAGCAGACGCUCGCUGUGAUGUCAGACUUCUCUCUCAACACGUUCAGACUUCAGCUUCAGCCCUUCAAUGUCACAAGAAACCAGUUCUCAGCAGCUGAAGAGUGUCGUAUGGAUCAGGAGAACAUGCUCAUUCCCAUCAUAGUGGGAGCAGCUCUGGCGGGUCUGGUGCUCAUCGUUCUCAUCGCGUAUCUCAUCGGCCGUAAGAGAACUCGUGCUGGAUAUCAAACCAUCUGAAGCAUCGAUCCCAGCUCACCGAGUGACCGCUGCCCAUGACACACAUACACGUUUCUGUGUGUGUGUGUGUUACUGGGUUGAAUUUGUUAUCAGCGUUACGGUCAUUUAUAUUAGUUUAAAUCUAAAUCUUUGUUUUGACUCGCUUCAUUUGUUUUAACGCUCUGAUCUGAGCGCUGCUUGCUUUAUCUGUGCUUCUGGACUUGUUGAUUUGAUUUUGUUUGCGUGUAAAUAAUUGUUUUAGUUUUAGACACCACGACUGGGAUUUUCGGCAGUUUGUGUUGAGCUGUAAAUUCUGAUCCAUCAACCCAGAAGCAGGAGCGCUGAACUUAAUACUGUAUAACAUAUGUGUAAAUAUUAUUUUAAAUCUUAGUUUCAAAGGUCUCAAGAAUUGAAUGCACAAAUGAUUGAUAAAUAAUUUUGAGUUCGUCUGUCUUUGUCGAUAUAUUCACUUGUGUGUGUGUGUGUGAGAGACUUAAUGUCAAUAAUUCAUUGAACGUUUUUGUUUCUUUACCCAUAAUUCCUCACACGCAUGUAUUUAUCAUCAGCUGGUGUGAAAUGAUGUGUUUGUGCAUGUGAUGUUCGAGUUCACCUUCAGUAAAGAAAAAGGGAAAGCUGCAGUUAUUCUUUAUGAAUGAUUUCCGUUUUAACACCGUUUUAGUUUAAUUUUAUUGGUCAUAAAACGGUUUUAUUUCCACAUAACUGAAGUGUUUCUGACCUAGUAGCUAUAAACUCUUUAUCAGCAGUUCAUAAGACGCCAACACAAUGAUGUCAUGUUUUAUUAUUUGUAAACAUCAUUGCAGCGAUAGGUGAGGUGUGUGUGUAUAUAACAAAUGAAAAUUUAACUUCGACUGACGUGUGUUUGUGUCUGAUAUUCAUCAGAGAUGUGAAUGCGGCAAAUGUUAUUUAUCUGAAGGACUCAAAUGUUUUUUGGAUUUUCUUCUUUUAAUUUUGUGCGUGCGAGCUUGUGUUCUAUAGAAGAACAUGAAGUGUGUCGGCUGCAGUGAUCUCAACUUUUCUUUUUCUAGAGAACGCUUCGUUGUUUUUUUAUGCAUCAGGUGUGAAGUUAAUAAACAAUGAUCUGCUCUCA